GCUGAACAGCUCGGCAGUUCGUGCGCGUCCAUUGCGAUAACAAUACCUCGGUUAUCCCUGUAAAUAACUACUAACUAGUACGGUUUUUUAAGAUAAUAACACACAAAUUUUUGGGGCCUGCUGCAGGAGAAAACAAGAGGGCGGCGUGAGCUGUGUGUCUGUACGUGCGGGGGCAUGUUGCAAAAGGGCGGCCGCGGCCAAACGUUAGUCGUGUUCAGCUCCCAGGAGGGAUAGAAGUUAUACAUAUAUUAGUGCACUGUUAUUGGUGGGAUUGGCCCGGAGUGUGGAGCCACGCGCGGGGUUGUCCCCUGUUUUAGGGUUCGUUUUUUGUCCCUGCACAAGGGAUAUGGCAGUGGAUUUUUGAGCACACACAGAGUACCUUAGAGUUUAUCGUUGACAAGUGACAAGUGGCAAGGAAAAAGGCUACCCCCGGGGACACCCGAUUCCCAGCGUGUUGAACAUUCCGGAUUGUCCGGAGCACACUCUUCGUGCGGGGAAGAGUAGUGUGUGGUGAAGUAGAAGGAAGAGGAAAAAGGCCUGCACGGAUCUAGGAAAAAAAAGGGCCAGCCACUGAGCUCUCCCAGAGACACGGGGCCGAGCCGUAGACGCGCCAGCGAGAGCGAAAAAAUGUCAUCCAGACGUUAUCCUUGAUAGACGAAACCGCUCCUUUUUUAAAAAGGUGACUUUUUAAAAAAAGGACGCGAAACGGAGCCACCAGCCAGCACCAUGCGGGAGUCCUGCUGUCGCAACACUAUUAUUACUACUAUUACUACUACAACUACCAGGAGCCGGAGACGGCGGGGCACCACCAUGGCCAGCGGCAGCAGUAGCGGCACCGCCAUGGCCCGGAUAGCGGCAGCUAUCAGCGGCCACAGCAGUAGCGGCGGUGCCAGUGCUGCCAGUUCCUCCCUCCGACGACGCGCUGGCCACAGCCGCCGGAUACUCCCGUUCGCACUGAUGGGGCUCCUGAUCGGCUCCUUUUGGCUGCCAUCGAACCUAGUUAACGCCGUGGACUCGCUGGACGCUUCAUACUAUGACCAAAACUCUACCGGAUCAACUCUACUAUCGACAAAUGGCACCAACACAUCCAUCGUAGUAGCGCAAAAGGAUCCCCUGUUUCCCGCAGACUUGUUUACGCUUGAGCAACGUCGUAAUGGUGCUGUCAUAUUACACAUUCUAGGCGUAAUAUACAUGUUUGUCGCACUGGCAAUCGUAUGCGACGAGUUCUUUGUGCCUUCUUUGGACGUGAUCAUUGAGAAACUGGGCAUCACGGAUGACGUGGCCGGUGCGACCUUCAUGGCCGCCGGUGGCAGCGCCCCGGAACUGUUCACCAGCGUGAUCGGUGUGUUCGUUUCGUUCGAUGACGUCGGUAUCGGUACGAUCGUCGGUUCGGCCGUGUUUAACAUCCUGUUCGUUAUCGGUAUGUGUGCGUUGUUCUCCAAAACCCUGUUAACACUUACCUGGUGGCCGUUGUUCCGCGAUUGCACGUUCUACAGUGUUAGUUUGCUUACGUUGAUCUAUUUUUUUCGUGACAACCUGAUCUGGUGGUGGGAGGCGCUAACGCUGUUUAUAAUCUAUAUCGCGUACGCUGUGUUUAUGAAGUUUAAUCAACAAGUGGAGAGAUGUGUGAAGAAGAUUAUCUAUAAAAAUAAGGUGACCAGAGUUCGAAGCACUGAUCAACUUAUGCCUGCAGAAAUUGGCUUGCUAGAAGAGUAUAAACGGCCCGGCAAUCGAGAUAAUGAGAGUCCUCAGCUGCAAGGCAACGCGGCCAACUCGUCGGAGACGUCGAUGGCGACGCAACCGGGCGGUUCGGUGACGUCGAGGGCGGCCUCGGAGAGCCGGUCGGGGCCGCCCGGUUCGAGUAGUGGCAGUGUUCCGAUUCAUCAGAAUCAAACCGCAACCGGGGCCAAAUUCCGACACGGUCUGCUGCAGCUGAUGAUCCACACGAUAGACCCAUUGCACGAUGAUCCCGUUCCAGGUAAAGUCGAUGAAAAGGCGACGCAGCUGCACGCGAUCGCGUCGUUAAAAGUGCUGCUGGAUGCCACCAAGCCGCAACGGGGAGCUGCCACGUCGUCUGCGGCGAAUCAUGUUAAGAUUAAUUUAAGAGAAACCACCUUAGCUAGUGAUCGUCCAAAUGGAAAUAUAGAUACGACAAUUGAUUCGGGUAACGAAUUAGAAGAAGAACCACCAGAGGCAUUAAGCAUGUCUUGGCCAAAGACAACUAGGAAACGAAUAACCUACCUAUUAGUUGCUCCAAUUUUAUUUCCCCUGUACUUAACACUUCCCGACACUAGAACACCAAGGGGUAAGAGGUUUUACCCGGUCACGUUCAUCGGUUCGAUUGCGUGGAUAGCCGCAUACUCGUAUCUUAUGGUGUGGUGGGCGAACGUUGCUGGCGACACGGCGAAGAUACCACCGGAGGUGAUGGGACUGACGUUUUUAGCAGCUGGUACCUCAAUUCCCGACCUGAUCACGUCCGUGAUCGUGGCGCGGAAGGGCUUUGGCGACAUGGCGGUGUCGAGUUCGGUCGGAAGCAACAUUUUCGACGUCACGGUCGGCCUGCCGAUCCCGUGGCUCCUGUACGGCAUCAUCUACGGCCAACCGGUGGAGGUCAACUCCGUUGGCAUGGUGUGCUCGAUCACGAUCCUGUUCUUGAUGUUGGUGUUUGUCAUCUUGUCGAUAGCCUGCUUCCGUUGGCGCAUGAACAAGGGCCUAGGGUUUACCAUGUUUUUGUUAUAUUUUGUAUUCGUUGCCGUUUCACUCAUGUUUGAAUACGAUGUGUUAGUGUGUCCGGUUUAAAUAAGUACGCUUACACAAUACGCUAAUAGAGAGCGCUAGUGGUUGACUAAGCUGAGCAGCAGAAUGGUAAGAAUCAUCUACUUUAGUAGUAACGUUUAGCGAACCAACCAGAAGAAGAAGGAAGGUGUGAAAACAAGAAAAAAACGAAAAAAGUAAACCAUGUAAGAAAAAUUUACCAAACCCACUUCAAAGCUAGGUAACAUUUUAUCUAGUGGACAGGAAGCUGCAACUGAAACUAAGUUAAAUAUAAAAAUAUGUAUAGUUAUGUAGAAGAAUGACAACAUGCAAAACAAAACAACAAUAGUUUGGUAAGCGAUUUGCGAGGAGUAGGUAAGCGAAAGUUUGCAGUAGCGAAAAGUUGAAGUGCACAGCGAAGCGAGUUGUUCCAAACGCAAGGAGGGAAAAUGCUAAACCUAAACAAGAAACAUAAUAAACAAAAUGAAACAACAAGAAUCUUCUAUUGAAAACACUUGUUUUAGAUUUUUAUCUCCUGUUCUUCAUGCAACUAUAGUAUCGAAUCUAUUAUUAUACAUUUUAAAUUAUAUUCAACCCAAACCUAUAUUCGAACAAAAUCUUACCUAACUAAAAUACAUCUAGUUAAUACAAGAAAAUCAACUAAUUAAACCAGUAAAACUGUAUUUAAGCAUACAUCUCUUUCUUCUAAAAGAACAAAUUCUAUAAGGAUCUAGACUUAAACAACCAAAACUAAAUUUAAGAAACAAUUUUCAAGAGCAAACAUCUAUUACUCGAACUUAACGAAGAAAAAAAAACACCUUAGGAAAUUUGAAACAUCAAGCCAUUCGAGCACUAUCAGCUUUUUCUCUCUCUCUUCCCACAUGUAGUUACACCAAACACUCGAAAUCCUUAUAGUGCCAUUAAUCAUCAGGAGCUAGUCCCCACUCACACUCUCGUUAGUAUGCACACAAGCACACAAACACCACCCUCACACUAGACUUUGAAGCAGGGGAGAACACACACACACACACAUUUAAAAUGCAUUUUCCAUUCCAAACCCGGUGGAAACUUUCUCUAGUUCAUAUAAUCACACCUCUUCUCUAUACUCCACGUAAGGCAAAUUUACACAGUGCUAUCUUCUUCACAGAAUCACACAUCACAAACACACAUACAAAUCGAGCAAACAACACACACUUUUGUAAAAUAAAAACAAAGAAAUAAUAGAAAAUUUUCCUUCAACCUUCAACACUGUCCUUUCCACCCCUUCCCCUUCUAUCUGCGAUCAUACCCGCGUCAAGCUUUCUAUUUCUCACACACGAAAACAAUGCCACACUCACAGCGGGCAUUGUAGGCAGGUUAAGUGCAAAAGAAUGAAAAAAACACGUAUGCUGAAAAACGAAUGUUCUGUUCUUUAUUGCAUUCGAAGGCAGAAGUAUUCAAAAACACACGCACACACUUAUAUCAACUCCCACAAACGAAAUGGUCCACAAUGAGCGUAAUUUAAUUUACGGGAACUUGAUUUGAAACAUUUAACUAUAAAUCAAGUUUAUUUCUUUGGUUUGGUCUAAUUCAUGUCAUGGUUUGAGACAACAAAAGAUCUUGAAUUUGCUAAACCAGUAGUUCCGAUACAUGUCAAAACAUUGGAUUUCUGCUGUCUUCAAAGACAUUUCUUGAGCUCAUUUCUAAUUAUCUGCGUAACCGCUUUUGAAUCCAAAAGACAAGAGAGCCUAUUACUCAACGCACGAAGUAAUUUGUUGACAUUUUUUCGACCCUUCCAGCAAAUGUCAAAUCAGUAAACAAUUGCCGGUUCAAUCCCAGAUCUCUUUCGGACAGAUCCGGCUGCAAAUUUGUACAAAUUUGACGUUUGUUUAGGGGGCCGACUAAUGCGGUUAUGUUAACAAUUUGGAAGAUGAAAUGUUACCCUCCAGGUUCCAAUCGAACUGUCAAAACAUGGUUCCAAUAGAGUUAUCUACGUGCGCAUGUAUUGCGUGUUCGUACACGAAAAAGAUUGAGGUUAAAUUUUGUCCGGCCAGCAAAAUCAAAUGGUGCGCUAGUGUGUGUACGCGAAACGUCAUAAAGCUCUAUUAAGCGACAAGACCUUGCUUGAUUUAGGUUGGAAUCUCUUUAAAAUAUUAUUUUUAAUAAAAAAAAAACUAGUUUUUACACAUUACGCAUUUUGUGAAACUGUUGUUAAUAAAAAUUAUUCUCAGGCAACUCAAUUGGAAUUCUGAUACGGGAUUCAAUUCGAAUCGUUUACGUAUUCCGUUUCAAACGCAACAACCGGUUCGUACGCGGAAUCGGUUGUUGCGUUUGAAAUGGAUUACGUAAACGAUUCGAAUUGAAUUCCGUUUCAGAAUUCCGUUUGGGCUGACUGGGUUAUUAUAAACAAAAGUCUCUUAGAAUUUGUUCUGUUUGAUACUCGAUUUUCGAUCAACAGGAUUAAAACAGAAUCCAACCUUAAACGUGCAAGGUCCUGUUGACACUCAAAUUUACCAGAUUAUUUUCCGACCGGAGAGAUGUUAAAAGAACAACAUUGUCUUUUGAUAGCAGAACAAAACCCAACUUCCCAGUCAAAUCAAUCCGAAUACUGAAACGGAAUCUAAUUAGAAUCGUAUACAAAUUCCGUUUCAAACGCAACAACCGGUUCGAACACGGAACCGGUUGUUGCGUUUGAAACGGAAUUUGUAUACGAUUCUUAUCAGAUUCCAUUUCAGAAUUCGGAUUGAGUUAACUGGGUUUUCGGCACCCUCAGCAAACGUCAAAUCAAUACCGGAUCUCUCCCGGAAGGGAUCCGGCAACAAGGCUGUAUAUCAUAGGUACUCGCGAUCUUCCUUUGCAUUAGUGUGAGUGCAUGACUCCAAGCCACUAAAACCAAAACAAUAACAAACGAACAAUGGACCGUGCCAGGAAAACCAAAACAUAAACAAUGUCAGUGUCAGUGGAGUGAGAGAGUCAGAGAUAACGAUUUUGACAACCGCACUACUACACACUCAAUCGCGAGUAGGUAGAAAGCCAUGAUCCGGCAACAAUUUUGUAUGGUUUAACGUUUGCGGAGGGUGCCGAAAAAAAGGUAAACAAAUCACUUCGUGCAUCAACCAAUAGAGUUAUCUACGUGCGCAUGUAUUGCGUGUACGUACACGAAAAAGAUUGAGGUUAAAUUUUGUACCCGCCAGCAAAACAAAUGGGGUGCUAGUGUGCGUGAGCUCGGGCUUAGAUAACUCUAUGGAGUAAAACUGUCUGUCUUGUUGUUGCCAUCCAGUCAGUUCAAUUGCAUUUAUACGAAUUCGGGGGCGCUCUGCAACCCAGUCAACUAAAUCGGAACUCUGAAACGGAAUUCAAUUCGAAUCGUUUACGAAUUCCGAUUGAGUUGACUUGGAAGGGACGGCAUUUGAAAAUCAUUCGUGCCGUGUACGUUCAAAAUCAUUCAAUUAUCGUCAAAACCACACCUACUCUAAAAUGAGUAAAUGGGGGCAUCUGUCAGUUUUUGGUGAAUUUCGCUUAUUUUACUUGAAUUUACUCGUUUCUAAGUACACUGUAACUGAAAAUCGCACUUUGCUGAGUUCGUUUUCGCACUUUUCCAUACGAUUUUUUCAGUUCAACUACGAUUACACUUUUUUGUGUAAUCGCAGGCGAACUGAAAAAAAUCGUAUGAAAAAGUGCGAAAACGAACUCAGCAAAGUGCGAUUUUCAGUUACAGUGUAGGUUCGAUUUUGCCGAAAAACCCAGUCAACUCAAUAAGAAUUCCGAAACAGAAUUCAAUUCGAAUCGUAAACGAAUUCCGUUUCAAUUGCAACAACCGGUACGUACACAAAACCAGUUACUGCGUUUGAAACGGUGUUCGUAAUCGUUUCGAAUUGAAUUCCGUUUUAGAAUUUCGAUUGAAUUGACUAGGAAUGAUGAACUAUCGAUUUUUGGUAAAGUAAUUAUUUUUCACCGAUUGAUAGUUCAUAUUGAUAUUUGGAUUUUGUUGGGUCAGUUGAUCUUGUGUGAGUGCCUCCAACAAGCAAAGUAGGCCGAACCAAUCAUGAUGACUUUGAUUUGAAUGUCAGCACUGAGAAAGUGAUAAAUGCUAAUUCAAACGAAAAUCAGAACACUUAGUUAUUUUGAUUCAAUCAGGAACAGUCUUAGCAAAAAAAAAAUAUCCCUCACCUCAACAAUUUCUUAGUAAAUCUCACAACUCACUCUUACCUGGAUCAGAUUCAAACAUCUCUCACCAAAACCAUAAAUGUUGCAUAAAACUACAGCCUAAAUACCAGCAGCAGAUUCUGCGCUCAGCUUCCAUAAGAAAUCACACUCAGAAUCAACCACCACACUCUCAAACUUUCUCAAACAUUCCCACACAAACACACACAGAAAACAUUUGUGGAAUUUACCGACAAAGAAGAAAUAACACUAAAUGAAUAUAUAAAGAGGAAAAAAAAUCAAUGAUAAUAAAAUGAAAUGUUAACAAAUUUUUGAAGGUUUUUCUUAUUUUUAUUUUUUAUUGACAACCAACGUGGUGAAAAAACACACAAGUAGAGGAUAAAUAUUAAAAGAAACAUAAGUAUAAAUCAUAGCUGAAGGAAUGACUUACACACAACAAAGCGUUGCGAGAAAAUGACAUGAAAACGACAAAAGAACACUGCUAAUUAAAGAAGAACCCCGGCGAACGAAGCUUUGCCGGAUCGGUCAAGCGCGAACCCUUAAAAAACUAUAGCUAUAUUUGAGCUAUGGCAAACGAAAUAAAACAAAACAAAAAUACAAACUUUUCAUAGUUUUUACGAGUGUGUCAAUUGUUGAACCUAUUUCCCCUAAUUCGAAGAAGAAAAAAAAACAAAACAAAAGUACAUAUCUUAUUCGUUUUUUAUUCGUCGUUUUUUCUCGACCAUAUUAGGUGUGACUUAGCCAAAAACAAAAACCACGCAACUAACCAGCCUGUAAAAAAAAAUAAUUGAAGAAAAAAGGUAAAGCAUUUAGUUCUCUAUUUGUCGACUUCGUUUGUCGUGAGAGAAGCAAGCAGAAAAUUCACAACAUGAAAAACGCAAACAAAAAAAGGUAAAAAAAACUGUAAUCGAUGGUAUUCGUAAAAUUCAGACGAAAAAAGCAAAAAAUACAAAUGAAUCAUACAUCACUGCUUAAGUGUAGCGGAGGGAACUGUUUGUAAAUAGUGUACACGUUUAAACCAAACAAACAAACAAGACAACUCAUACAGCUGAGAAAAUAUUGCAAACAUAUUAAAAAGUGCGAGCAGACUUUGAGAGCGUACGUGCGAGCAAGUCAUUCGAAGAAAACGAGAAAGCCAUUUUCUCCCGUCCAAUGAGAACGUUUUCGAGGUAGAUCGAGCAGGAAAAUACUACAAAAACAAAACUACGAGAGCUAAUACCAACUUGAGAGAAAUAGACAGAAAACAAAUUCGAUUCGAAAAUGCAAAGUAAACACUCUACAAUCUUUAUGAGUGUUCUCAACUUCUUGUAAAAGUAUCUUCUCUUUCCUAACGAUUCCUUCUAGUCAACUCUAGUGAAAAUCUACCUUGAUUUUAAACGCAUUUUUUCCAGUAAAAACUGAUCUUUUUACAUCUGUUGCCGACAGCAUUUGUCGUUGCAGCGUUUCUACUACUGUUUAAGUAUUUUUCAAAAUACAACCCAAAAAAAAAGAUAACGAAACAUAUAACAACAAACAACACUUUGAUAUUAAUAAUAAAUAAAUCAUGAAUCGAACAAAGAGCGUUAACAGCUGAACGAAAUCCAGGAGUACCGUGACAGAUAAACAAAAACAAAACAGCCAUAAGAAAAUCACACAUUAUAGAAAGAGAUAAAAAAAGAGUUACAUUCACAAACAUCCACUCGUAGAAAGGUGAACCAACAAAGCAAAACAAAACAAACGAAGAAACGUAGUAGCACAAAGCAUACCAGACAGAAAAACAAAAAGAAAAACAAGAAAUGAUCGAGCGUUGUUAAAGUUCUAGAAGUGAAAGAAAACAAAAAAAACAUGUAACCAUCAAUGCAAAAGCAAACAAAAAAAACUAGUAAAGCUUACCUGCAGACGUAGUAAAAAACAAAAACAAAAAAUACCAGACAAAACAGCGACGAAACAUCAAACAACUUGUGAAAGAUUUAAUGUGAUUAAUCGGUAGAAUCACACGGAAGGGGUGGAUUAAUUUACUUAUUGAAAAAGUUUAAUUAUUCACAAAAAGAAAUACAUUUGUUUAAUGCUUUCAUUUCUGAAACAAGCAACAAAUAUGUUUAACAACUUUUUCAUGUGAUUUCAAAGAAACACUAUUAUUUUCGAGAUUUUGAAUCAAAACUUUGAAACAGGUUUAAACAAAAUACAAAAUGUAUGGUCCACCUAUUUGGAAAACAUAAUUUAUCGAUUAAUCCCAGCCAGUCUUAACAACUCAUGUUAUAAUGAUUGACUUUGAUUCAAGAUUUUUUAGAUUUUUUUUUUGCAUAAAUUCAUUCAAGUUGGUUAAACAAGUUUUGAUUGCACUACAUGAAGUUGUUGUGCGAUUUCAUGGAUACAUGUUGCAAAUUAAUGAAAUUCAAGUUAUAUGAAGUGAAAAUUUCAUCUUUUUGAAAUAAAGCUUCAUUUUAUGCUCUAAAUGAGGUAUUAGACUGUGACAAUAACAACAAAUUCUGCAAAACUGUCAAAAAUUGCGGGUUUAGUUGUUUGUUUAUCAUAGUCCAAAACCUGCUUAACGCUCAUGGAAGCUCCACUAAUUCUUUAUUUCAAAUUGAAAUUUUUCGAAAACUCUUAAAUGAAUUGAAAUGAUUCUUCCAAAACAGAAAAUAUUUUGUACGAUCAGCUUUAACGAGGUUUAAUUCAACAAAACAUUUUAUUGAAUAAAAUUGACAAAAUUCUGAGUUGAAUCAAAUUUUGUCAAAUUUUUGGGUUACGAAAAACUUGCUUUUUACGUUAAGCGUUGAUUCAUCAAAAAUCUUGUUUUACAAAUCAACAAAAUGUUUUGUUGAUCCAAAUAUGCAUUAUUUUUCUGUUUGACCCAAUUUGAUCUAGUCAGUUAUUUAUGUCAAGAAAAUCGCCAAAUCACUUUUAUUGACAAUUUGAAGCUUGUGUACACUCUUGUCCUAUGUAGAUAAGGAUCCCAGCAAGCUUAAAACAAGAGAGUCGCAUGGGUCCUAAAAAUUAGUUUAAAAUUUAGUUUUAUCAUAAAAAACAAAAUUUGGAUCGCAGCGUUUGUUGACAGAAAGUAUCUUGUUUGACAGCCUGUUCCAGGAAAACUUUCGGGUUGCACAUCGCUAAAUGUCAACUUGUGGAUAAUUUUUUCAAUAGCACAAUAACAAAAAAAGUGACCAGAAAUGGUUCUUUUAAAUGUUACAAUUUACAUGGAGCUUUUAGACCCUAAAAAAACUUUCUAGUCGAUUGAAUUUACCUGAAAAUGAUUAUGAUUAUGGCAUCGUGUUGUUUGGAAAGCAAACUGCUGUCACUUCUAUAAACACCCAGUGUAUUUUUUAAGCUUCUUUUGACUCGAUGUCAGGCUAAGUUUAAGCAAAUGUUGAUCUGAUAACUUGUGCGAAACAGAUUUUAGAUGGCGAGUAUUUUUUUUUUUUCGUUAGAUAGUCUUGCUGCAUAAUAAACCUCGUAAUAAACAACUUUUUACUUGGGGCUUAUCUUCUCGUGUGAAUCUAUUCCGUAAGGUGCCACCCACAAAUGACGUGACAUUUGAGGGAGUCUAAAGAUGUGUGAACGCCGAACAAAGCUACGUCAUUUGCGGGUGGUGCAAACACGCAUUUAAUUUAUUACAAAAAAAAACAGUGUUUCCGAAAUUUCGUAGAAAACGACUCGUUCAGCCAUAUUUCUAACGAAAAAAUCAAGAACAAAAAAUGAUCUGCCGAUACCGAUGAAUACAUACAACCACCUUCAGCUAUUUUGUCACCCACACGAUAGCACACAUCACCAACAUUGACGUGUUAAAAUGUUGCGCGUAUUCUUACACAAACACAAUCAAACACUGUUUUUCGUCGUUGUCAAAUGCAUACAAGUUCAUAACAACCGCGAUUUUCACAACAAUUGUUUGUCUGGUGUUAAAAGAAUAUAGCUGCGUAAUAAACAAGGGUUUUUUAAGUUCAUACAAAGGAAAACAAAGACACAAUUUUAACCACAAAACAUGUAUUAAACGUUAAUUGUUAUACACGUUUUUUAUUUAUAUAUUGAAAAUGGAAACAAAAAAACUGAAAAGAGUGGAUAUGUUGCAAACACAAUUAUAUGAAAGCGAAAAAUAAUUUUUAUGGGGAAUAUAAGCAAAACCAAAUAUAUUGUUAUUUAUAGUGGAUAAAAAUUAAAUUAAAAUAACUGAAACAGAAAAACAAACGCUUUUAGACUUCCAGUUUAUGACGAAUAAUUCAAGUAAACAAGUAAACACAAACAGUAUAAGUCAUUCAUACCAAAUGGAUUGAAGAAAAUCAUUGCAAAAAAAAAACUAUUAAAAAAGUAAGAAACUGGUAUGUAGAUAAAGGGAUAUGAAUUUGUUUAUAAAUUUACCAGGAAAUAUUACUGCAAAAUAUUAGUUAAAUAAGCUGCAAUGUGAAAACCAAAACACAAAUCACAUAGACGCAUGUAAAGUUUUAAAACUAAUUCAACAACAACAACAAAAAAAGAAUGAAGCAUUAACGUAGUGGUAAAUUUAUAAGGAACGCUUACACUUGACAACAUGAGCGAAGCAGCAUGCGUGAACAAAUACAACAGCAACAUAAAAUGUAGGUACUUGAGCGAGUUUGAAAGUGAUGGCUUUUUCCAAACAACAAACACAAACAAACGAAAACGAACAAAAAGAGCGUAUCUUAUAGUUGUUAUAAUCAAAUAAUGGGUAUAACAUCCAGGCGUUGCAGCGUUAAAUUAGUAAAACAAAUAAAAAGCAGCAUACACAACCAACUAAUUGAGUAAAACAAAACAUCGGCAGAAAAAAAAAACUCCCACUCAAGCAUGGAGGGAUCUCAUACACACAAACACACACAAACAAAA